GAUCAAGAUCAUAGUAUUUAUCUUCCUUGGUCACGACGAACAAGCCAUCCAGACUUUAUUUGAAGCCCUAUACUAGCAGAAUGGUGGUGGUGUUGGUGUCUCAUAUCUCGGGGCAGCGCAGGACGUGGUGCCUGAGCGAGCGGCCACAGACUGGCGGGGAGGUGCUGGACGCCUUGCAUCAGAGGGAGGGCCAUGCAUCUAAUGUGGUACUACAGUGCCAGGGUCGGGUGGUCUACCCCUCAACACAGAUUGAUGCCAGCACAAUGAUUGUGGCCACCCUGAGGCUCCCAGGAGGAAAGGGUGGCUUUGGUUCCAUGCUGAGAGCUAUAGGUGCCCAGAUUGAAAAAACAACAAAUCGUGAGGCUUGCCGAGACCUUAGUGGGCGCCGACUGAGAGACAUUAAUGAAGAGAAAAGGCUGAAGGAUUUCAUUGCCAAGAAAGCUGAUCGGGAAAGAGAGCUACAGGAGAAGAAACGGCAAAAAUUUAAAACGCUCCAAGAAUCGCCAAGACACACCUUCCAGGAUGAGGCGUAUUUCCAGCAGCGGGAACUUCGUGAAAAAAACUUGUAUGAUUCACUAGACAAAGCUUUUGCUUCCAAAGAUGGCAGUGGUCCAUCAGGUGCUAAGAGAAGUAUUGAAGAAGAACCUGAGACCAAAACCAAGAAGGGAAAGUUCUUAGAUGAUCUAGAUGACUCCAGCAGUGAAGAAGAGAGUAGUGGUGAGGAAGUAGAAGGCAGAUUGCAAGGAACCACAGACAACAGCACCAGUGACAGUAAUAGUAACAGCAGCACUGGGAGUAACAUCAAUCAGAAAGCAACUUCUGUUAAGGUGAAGGACAGUGAUUUAUGAAACGCCAAGAAAUUCACAAGAGGAACCUAUGGCUAGAAUCAAGAAACUAAGAGGUUUGCCAAAGCAUAUCCUGUCUGCAAUCAAAGUUGGUGUGCCUGAUGACAGGAAGAGCCUAUUGGAGGGUGUCUGCAGCCAGUAUUGGGUCUCCUUGCAAUCAAAAGUUGGUAUGUCUGAUGUCAGCUCUUCUGGAAGAGCCAAGUGGAGGGUGUUUACAGUCGUUGGUGGAUGUCUUUCCUGCCUGAUGUGCUGGUUGCUGCAAUACAAAUCUUGCAAAUCUGAUGCCACAGAACACCAGCUGCCAGUUGACAUCCUACAUAGAUGCAAGUCUCACCUCAAACUUUAUUAAUGAUAAGUGGCCUUCCUGCCUGUGUCAUCUUGUAACAUGAUUAUGGAAGUAUGGUAUGUGAAUAAUGUUUUUUGCAAAUAAGGUUUUCUUCUGGUGGGUGAUUCAUGCCCCAAAGGUAAAAAAUUAAAGCUGGGAUUGACCCAAGAGUUUAUUGUCCAUUGUGAAAUAAAUGUUUGAUGGUAUCAUGUCCUUAAGGUAAUAAAAGGGAAAAAAGUUGGUUGGCAGCACAAAAAUAGACUUAAAGGUGAAACUUGCACAGAGAUUCUCCCUUAUGCACAUAAGUUGUUGUACGUUCCAAAGAUGCACACAAAAAGGAAUCUUUGUGUAAGUUUCACCUUAAACUUAGUCUAUUUUCUGAGCUGCCAACCCAACUUUUUUGUAACCUUUAGGACCUGAGACCAUCAAACAUUAUUUUGCCCUGGACAAAAAAUGUUUAGGUCAAUCCCAGCUUGUAUUUUCUACCUUCAAUGCAUAAACUGUUAGCACAAAAUAGUCUAUUAACACUGAAAAACUACAUUGCUAAAUUAUUCAGCCAAACUAAAUAAAUAGUCACAAACUGAUUUAUUGCCAACAGUUGUUUAUAUGCUAUGACAUCUAUCGUGCAAGACACUUUAGGCAGUAGCAGGCAGGGUGGAUGCUUAGUAGUUAGUAUCCUGUGGUAUCAGACUUGCAAGACUUGUACCGCAGCAACCAACACACCAGGCAAAAAAGACCUCUAGUACUAGCUGUACAUAGACACCCUCCAUUUGUCUCUUCCUGACAUCAGGCACACUGGCUUUUAUUGCAAAGAGGAGACCCAAUACUGCCUGUAGACAUUCUCCGAUAAGCUCUAUCUGCCAUCAGGCACACCAGCUUUGAUUGCAGAUAGAAUGGUAGCAGCAGCAGCAGUAGGAAGGAAGGACACCCAGCACUGGCUGUGGACAUAAUCCGUUUGGGUCUUCCUAACGUCAAAGCCUGAGACAAAGCGAGGCACCACCAGCUUUCGUAUCAGAUGAGAUGUGCUCUGGCAAAUCUCUGCAAAAAAAUAAUGCAACUUAAGGAAAAUUGUUAUGAAGACAGUCAACUCACUAAUUUGUCACCCUUUUACUUUUCAUUCCCCUUAAUAGCUUAUCACUUAGCUCAUACAACCCUAAGACAUCCUAUAAUUAUUCCAUAUUUUACAUCCAUGAAUUCAGAUGAUUUAGUGUGGACAGCAGAAAUGCAGAGGAGGUUAGAGACCAGUUCAGCAGAUGAAAAGCAGGGAUGGAGCAAAAAAAAAAAUAUUAAUACAAAAAAGGCAUAGCUCAUGGUGACUGGAAAAGCAGCAAAUAAUAGGGGUGAGUCUUGGAGAUGGCCAUGUGGUUGCUGGGAUGUUGUGUGGGUAGUGAAUUCUAUAGUGUGUGAAGUGUAAUCAACAGACAUCAGGAAAAUAUGUGAAGUACAUAAAAAAAAAAAGUUUUUUUUUUAAAUCCUAAAUCAUGAUUACUGCUAGAGGUGUAGCUGAAAUUGCCAGAAUAACAUGUUUAUCCAAUCCUUGCAAGUAAUAACAAAUUAAACUUCAUGUCCUGUCUGUCUACUGAUGGGUCGAGCUGAUGGCGGUACUUCAGUUUUCUGAUUUUAAUUAUUAGAAAUGUUAAAGUUAAAAUAUUUUGGUGAAUGAUGGCAAAUAUAGCUGGUAUAUAUAUCAUACACUGCAUCACUGACAGAAAAGAAUAUUUUCCACUUUAUUUAGCUAAAUACUGAAAUAAUUUGUAUAUGAAAUAAUUAAAUGUAAAUUAGAAGAC